UCGCUGUGCAUUAUGGGCACGGCUCCUCCCCACGUGUCUGUGGAGCGCAGUCAACAUGGAAUCACAGCAGCAACCCCACGCAACCUGAGUUAGUGGACUACACUUCUGGGCUGUCCCCACACGGAUGAGAUAGCCAGAACUGUCCGGUGAAGUGUGCAGGUUGGAUCCCUGAGAUCUGCUGCCGCUCCUCUCCUGUGUCGUCUCCUCUCGCCCCUUCGCUUUGAUCACACCAGUAUGGCCAGCGGGGACAAUGAUGACCCCAUUAUAGAAGAGAUUGACGUGUAUCUCUCCAAAAGUCUCGCAGAUAAGCUGUAUCUUUUCCAGUAUCCCGUCCGACCGUCCACUAUGACCUACGAUGAUGUCAACCACUUGGCGGCUAAGAUCAAACCCAAGCAGCAAAGGGUGGAGCUGGAAAUGGCCAUCGACACCAUGAGUCCAAACUACUGUCGCAGUAAAGGAGAGCAGAUAGCUCUGAACGUGGACGGCACGACUUACGAUGAAACCAACACCUACUCAGCUAAAAUGAUGGACAAACAGACCUUCUCCUCCAUCCAGGCCACCACCAACACCUCCAGAUAUGCAGCUGCUGUGUUUCGCAAAGGUGAGCUUCAUGUCACGCCUCUGACUGGGAUCCUUCAGAUGAGGCCCAGCUUCUCCUACCUGGACAAAGCCGACAACAAAACCAGAGAGAGGGAGGCGGCCAAUGAAGGUGGAGAUUCGUCUCAGGAUGAAGCUGAGGAGGAAGCCAAGGCCAUAACGGUGAGGUUUGCUCGUCCCGAGUCGGAGCAGGCCCGGCAGAGGAGGAUCCAGUCGUACGAGUUCCUGCAGAAGAAGCAGGCGGAGGAGCCGUGGGUUCACCUGCACUACCACGGAUUCAAGGACGGACGUUCAGAGCAUGAAAGGCAGUAUCUGUUCUGUCAGUCGGUGGACGCCUCAGAGAACUCAGAGCUGGUCAAAAGUCCAAAGGAGUACCUGGCGAUGCUGAUGCCUCCUCUUGCAGAGGAGAAAGUUGUGAAGCCUGUCGGUCCCAGUAAUGUCCUUUCAAUGGCUCAGCUCCGCACUCUGCCUCUAGGAGAGCAAGUCAAGACCCUGAUGAAGAAUGUCAAAGUGAUGCCGUUUGCUAACCUCAUGGGGCUUCUGGCUUCUGGCACCGACUCGACUGCAGCUCUGCGUUGCAUCCAGCAGGUGGCGCUGCUGGUUCAGGGGAACUGGGUUGUCAAGAGUGAUGUUCUGUAUCCUAAAAACACCUGCAGUCCUCACAGCGGCGUCCCAGCUGAAGUCCUCUGUCGGGGCAGAGACUUUGUGAUGUGGAGGUUCACGCUGGAGCGCUCCGUGAUGAGGAAGGAGAUUGCUUCCAUCAUCAAACUUCCUCCGGAGGAUGUGAAGGAGUUCCUGGAGCAUGUGGCGGCUCCUCGGGUCAACCGGGGCUGGGAGUUCCUGCUGCCUACCGAUGUGGACUUCAUUAAGAAGCACCCAGAUGUUGCGCACAGGCAGCACAUGCUGUGGCUCGGCAUCCAGAGCAAGUUGGAAAAGGUGUUUAAUUUCUCUAAAGAAGAUUUUUUGCCAAAGAAUUCCCCUCAGCCCGAUCCCGUCUACGUCAGCGGGGAGCAGCGUCUGAAGAUGGCUCACGAACGAGCGUAUGAAAAGCAGUUGUCGCUGCAGAAGGAGCUGGACGCCAGACGUGCAGGAAGCAGCGUCCACAUCAAGCAGGAGCCCGUCAGCGACAGGGAGGACGAGCCAAUGGACACGUCGUCCUCCAUCCCCAACGGUUCUGUCAAUGGUUACCCCAGUGUCACGUCCCCCUUGGACCACUCUUUCGGUAACGGAGGGAGCCCCGCCAGCACGCAGUCCCAGGAGCUGCAGGACUUUGUGAUGAAGACUUUUAGGAAGCAUUUUGUACUGACGCUGAACGAGCUAAAGAGGCUGUUUAACCUCCACCUGGCUUCCAUGCCGGCGGGACGGAGUGUCUUCCACUCCAUCUCGGACCACAUGCUGCAGGACGCCAUACUGCUCAACCAGUGCAAACAGAUAAUGGUGCCUUUUCCUGCUCAGACCACGGCAGCCCCUGAUGAACAGAAGGUGUUUGGUUUAUGGGAGACCGGACAGGAUUUUGACAAGACCAAAGAACUACAGACUCUUCACAACCUGCUCAAACUCUUGGUACAGGACCUCACCACACGGGUCAAGAAGGUUUCCUUCUCAUUUCUACUCUGAAGCUCACCUUCUCCUGCUCAAACUGCUAACAAAUGUUUCUGCUGCUCUAAAGUCUGGUCUCCAGAACUUCCUAAAAACUCUCAAAGUCUCUUCUGCUGCAGGUUGCUUUGUAGAACUGUUGCAGAAAACCUCACUAAACCACAUGGAGGGGCCUCAAGAUAGUCGUCCAAAUGAAACCUGACAAAAACCAAACUAGUACAACCCAAACGCUAAAGUCUCCUGCAGCCUACCAGAGAAGCUCUGAGAACAGAGAAUCAGGACAGGAACUCUUACCUUCUGGACAACCAACGUUGGUUCACAAACAAGAAUACAGAAUGUGUCUGAGCAAAAACCUCUGAAGACUGAUUACAGCCAAGAUAAAGACACAACUCAGCUGGAGCAAAUCCACUAAUCGCUGCACACAUUAGCACCAUGUGCCAACUGUGGCUGAAAAACCACAUUUACCAAGACAACUAUCCAGUACAAAGCCCUAAAACACACCAAGAAACACAUUCAAGACGAUUUUACUGCUGGAAGCUGCAAGCCAACGCCUAAAUAACAAACUAAAGCAACAGAGCCAAACCCGGUUCUGUGGUGAAGGAAAGCAGAGGAAAUGUUUGUCUGCAGCUAAAUAAAGCAGGAAGACACUGAGCUGCUCAGGUGUUCCUGAUAACACCAAGCAGCCACCUGGACAGCCAAUAGGAACACAGCUUCCUGGAAGUCCAGAGGGCUGGCUUAGUCAAGGAAAUUUAGUUGAAGCAGAAAGUUAAUAAAGAAAGUUGAAAACCA